AUGGUGAAAUUGAAGCUUCAGAUACUAUUAAUCCCAGAGGAAUUCUCCUCCUUGCCAACCACAAAGAUUGAUUCACUAAUAGCCAAAAAGUAUUUGCACUUGAUAGAUUCCACAAAACAGGUAGGCGAAUUACUUGAUGCAGUCGUUGCGCAAUUUAAAAGACUUUAUCCAGAUGAACCGGUGGUUAAUGUGAUCAAGUGCCAAGAUAAGAAUCAAUGCGAUUUGGACCCAGAUUACCAAGUGGACGAUGUCUUUGAACCAAAUGAUGAAGUUAGAGUCGUUGUUGAUAACUUGUAUUUCAGUGAAAAGUUGGGAUUUGACAUACCCCCAUCGUCAAAGCGGUCAUUAAGUGAAAUGGAAGCCAUUGCGGCUUCUGAAAUUGUUGCGACACCUUCACCAGCCAGAGCCAACUUACAUCCGGUAUCAUCACCUGUGUCAUUAGCACCGCCACCAACGUCGUACCUGAACAAGAUUCCCAAAAAGAGAGAAGGUGAAGGCCCCGGUGGGAAAGAUCAACUGCGCAUCACAUCAGGAAUGUUGCUGAAGCCUCCUACUGCCAAUGUGAGCCCUCCAAACAAGCUAGACAAUAAUGAUAAUGAUUAUUCUCCUCCUGAGAUCAAUUCUAUGGAACUGGCAUCAGAUUCAGACGAUGGUGAGCCAAUCAACAAUGUUGGAGGUCAAACUCCAAGAUUUGGCAAAUCGGUUAUAUUAGAUAUGGUGAAGAAGAGUGCGAAAAAGAAGCCAGCUUCUAGAGCUGACCCAAUCAUGAAGUCGUUACACAUAGAUACCAAUGAAGGACAUCCUUUUGAUACAAGCAAUGAGCACAAAGCAAACAAAAAUGCAGGUCAAACAAAGACAUCUCCAGCAAAAUUGCCACCGACAGGAGCUCAUGUUACUCUUGCGUAUAAGAAAAAAGGAGACUCAGCACCCGCGCAAACCACGGCUGUGAAAGAAUCCCGUAGAAGAGGUAGACCUCCAAGAGCCUCAAAGUUGUCCUCUCAGGCACAUACAAAUACUGAAACACCGAGACCCGUUGGAAAUGCUAGUGACAAACUAGUCAACGCUGCAUUUCCCACUUUCCAAGGCCCUCUGCAAAAAGUGUACGAGGAGAGAACAACGUCCAAUAUCCUUGACAGUCUUUGUUUCAAUUUGGACCAUAUGUAUGAUCAAGUGGUCAAAUACAGAGAUGGACCCAACGGAAAGUUCAAGAAAGUACCGAAGCAUUUUGCUGUUAGCGCAUAUUCUUGUCCAUCUGUGUAUACUGAUCCAGUGGUUGAUUUUCGGAUUGAUCUUUCUGGAGAGCUGAAUUAUAAUGGGCCACUUCCAUACCCUGUCAAGAGUAAAUCCGAAUUUGAUCGAGAAAAUGGUCUUCGAAGUCAAAGCUCGUUCAUGAGUCCAUUCGAUAGCAAUGGCAUAAUAGAUGAAGAAGGAUUUGAAGUGUCUGAAGCUGUUGAGAUUUCUAGUGAACCUGGUUCUGAUGAUGACGACGAUUAUGCUUCGCUUGAUAUGAAAAAGGACGAGGAAGAAGAGGAGGACAUUAAAGCUCCAAAGCGCAGAUCUGCACCAAAAACACCAACAGCCGUAGCCGCUUCAUUCAAAAAGAGUACAUCCACACAAAGCACAUCCAGACAAAACACUCAAGACAACUUACCAAAGGGACCACGAGCAAUCACUAGUAGUAAUACUCCAUCUGGAGAUGUUGUUAGAGGUCCAGUGCGAGACACAAAGCUGAAGAGUAAGAACGCCACAGAACUGGGAGCCAAAGACGACAAGUCAAAGCAAAAGUCCACCACCACUGCAAAGAACAUAGCAUCACCAAAGACCCUGCCCAAGAAAACUACAAGGCGAAAAAAAACCGAGUCUGUUACAAUAGACUCUGAUGAUGACAACCAAGAGCCAACCAAUCUGAAAUCCCGGUAUAAAGCAAUGACCAAUUUGUUUGCUAAUGAACAGUUAGGAAGACAUGUUUCAACAAUGGCUGACACCCAUCAUGGUCACGAGAGUGAAGGACCAAAAAACUCGACUUUUGGCAGUUGUGCACCUCCAGCUCGUAACCAAGAAAAUGAGGAUUUGGGAGUGGUGCAUGGUCAACAGCAAUCGGCAGGAAUUUUCAGUUCAUUCGUCACUGAUCUGAAAAAGGCAACUGAGGAAUCCUUGACCAACUUGUUUUUUCGGGACCCUAAGCCUGGUAGUAGUGACGGUGAUGUACGGAUUGACUCGCCAUUUGGCUCGGCUGAUCCAUCAGUAUCACGACGAGUGUCAAAAUCUGCAUUUGGAGCUGGUGACGCAUUUACCAAUGAAGGAGAAGCCCAAGAAAGUAAGGUACCGGUCAAGCUGCCUGAGAAUGGAGGCACCGAUAACCUGGUGUCGAUAAAAUCACCUAAAUUCCCAUUACGCAACUUGCCCACAACUUUGGAAAGUCCAAAACAAAGUAUUGGAUCACAGGGUCUUCAGUUGUAUGCCAGCCAAGCUGACGCGGGGAAAGAAGUAGGAGUAAGAGCGGGAGCGAAAGUGGAAGCGGAUGGUGCAUCCUCGUCUGGAUCAAGUGAUGUUGAAUCAGUAAUUGGCGACGAAGAAGAAGAAGAAGAAGAAAAAGAAGAAGUCGAACGUGCUGAAACGGGGGUGAGGCUUGUUGCUGCAGAACCAGAAAAACGGAAAGUUUCACCUGGGGUAGGUAAGAACACCUCACGUUUACUGACAUUGAAAUUAUUGACCUCGAUUGCCAAUCAACGACUUCCCGGGUCAUUCAGAAACGGGGGCCCACAUUACAGCAGGACACAUAAUGGUGAGGAAGAGCCUACUCAAGUGAAUCAACACCAACAUAAUGGCGUAAGCCAAACAAAUGUAGGGUUCAAUGGAGGAACAAGUACUUUAAAUGGGUUUGGAUCUAGUCAAAUAACAAAGAGCUCCACUACUGGUGCUCCUAUUGCCACCGCUGCUAAAAAACCUGCAUUACCUACAUUGACUGAGCUUGGAAGUCGAGGGGUUCCCGAAGUCAAGGAGAUUGAUGCUUUGAGGCUAUACAAGGGAGACAACAAGAAUUCAGAUGAAGAUGGCAACCACUUGGAUGAUUCGGAUGAGGUAGAGUCUGUGGUUGGUGGUGAAAGCGAUUUGUCAUCGGACAGUGAUAGUAGUGAUGAUGAUGAUGAUGAUGAUGAUGAUGAUGGGUCUGGUAGCCAAUUGUUCUUGUCGAGUUCAACGAUUGAUGAUAAGAGCGUUAAAAAGAGAAUGAGAGCUAAAAAGAAUUUGUUUACACGAUGA